CACAGUGUGUAUGUGUGUAUGUGACACACACGUAGGCAACAGGUGUUCCACGUUGAUCGCCGCGCGCCUUUGACGGUCGGCGACGGAGAGGACACGCAUUCGUUCCUCGAGAGGUGCGCCCGUCUUCCGAUACUUACCUAUACGAGAUCCGUGGUACUUGGACCCUUCAGGGUCGGAUAUUCAGGGUUUGACAAGAGGACGGACGGCGACCGGAUCUCGGCAGGCUCGUUUUCUGACGCGUGUCGCCUGACGAUAACCAGAAUGAAUUACGACUACUUGGUGAAGUUCCUGGCGCUCGGGAACUCCGGCGUCGGCAAGACGAGCUUCCUCCACCAGUACACGGACGGCACCUUCAACUCCAGAUUCAUAUCCACCGUGGGGAUCGAUUUCAAGGAGAAACGAGUGAUAUACCAAACGGCGAAUGGCAGAAGUCAACGAGUGCACUUGCAGCUUUGGGACACAGCCGGCCAGGAAAGGUUCAGAAGUCUAACCACAUCCUUUUACCGGGAUUCCAUGGGUUUCCUACUAAUUUUUGACCUGACCAAUGAAUCGUCGUUUCUCGAAGUUAGAAACUGGCUGGAGCAGCUUCGGACCCACGCAUAUUGUGAUGACCCAGACAUAAUUCUCUGCGGCAACAAAUGCGAUCUUGAGGACAAGCGCGUCAUCAGCGAACAUAAAGCACGGGAUCUCGCUGAAAGACACGGCUUGGUUUAUCUGGAGACGAGUGCCGCAACCGGACAAAAUGUUGAGCGCGCCGUGGAAAUUUUACUGGACCGCGUAAUGCGUAGAAUGGAGGCUACGGUGGACAAGUCGCCGUUACCGCAUCAAAAAGUUUUAAAAUGCCACGAGCGCGACACUCCGCCACCCAGGAGUUCCUGCUAUUGCUGACAGUGCCGGUACAUGUAGUUUGUCAAACUACAUUCUAUAUGCCGAAAUCAAAGGGAAGAGAGCAUAUUACGAAACUGACGCCUUCAGUUUCUGAAGCAGAUGUCAAAUCUCGUCAUAAAUUCUUUCGAUUAGCAUGUUCGUUGCAAGAUCAGAACAUCGGAAGAUAAUUCCGUUAAUUUUAUGUUUGUCAUCUGUCUUCAUAAUAGAAAGUUUGAAUGAAAUAAGAUGUAAAGAGAGAGAGAAAAAGGUCAAGACGAGCAACAAAAAUGUUAAACAAUUAAAUAUAACAUAAACUUUAUUUUAAAAAUUUAAUGAAACAAUUUCGACUCUCCGAGUUUUCUUUAGUAAUAAAUAAAAAAAAUAAAGAUUUAUCAUAAGAAAUGACAAAUCUUUUAGAAUUAUGUUAAUAGUUAAAAAAGUUGAACAACAGCAAUUUACAAAAUUCAUAAAUAUGUUUGAAAGGGAAAGAAAUAAUCGAAGAAAAAUGAUAAAGUGCUUAAUUUAAUUGUUUAACUGACAAUAAUCACACAUUUCAGUAUUAUAUACGAAUCUCAUUAUGAGUAAUAUUUAUAAGGAAUACUUAUAAAAUAUUCUGAAUUACUUUGUCAUUUACUACAGAGUGUUUACUAUCUGAAAAAAUUUAGAAAAUUGGAAUUUUUAGAGAAUUUAUCCUUAAAAAUCGGAUUUUUAUGGAAUUUUAUUAGUACUCAGGGAAAAUUUUGAAAUUUUACUUUUAAAUUUAAAUUCUGAAAAAAAUUGUUUCUUUGAUCAUUUAAUUCUGAAUGCAAAAUGUCGAUCGGUUAGUAAGUAUGAUAUGCAGUUCCGCGUACAUUUAUGUAUAUUCUCAUGUGACUCACAAAAUUUUAUUUAAAAAAAUCAAGAUGACAAUAGAAGAUAAUACAUAGCAGAAGAGAUUAUAGAGCUCGCUGAUACUAUACUAUUGUGAGUCUUCUCCAAAUAGCAUAUGUUGGUUUUAUAUACAGUUUUUAAUCGAUUAUAAAAUAUUAGAUACGUUUAGAAGACAUAAAACGUAUUUAACGUAAUGUAGUAUAAACUAACAUGUUACUGAGUCUCUACUAUCUUAUAGAGUUCGCAAUUCUAAUUGUAGAAAAGGCUAGAUAUAAUCUCGUGGAAUUUUUAUCUUCUAUUAAUUUACGACAUAUAAUUUUUUACUCUAAUAUUUCAAAGUUGCCUUAAAAAAUUUUCUAAUCUUACCUGAAAUUUAGAAUAAAAAUACUUGAAAUAAUUAAGCACCAAAACGGCUCAGACAAUGAAAAUUUAAAUGAGAAGCAAUAAAGGAAAAUGAGAAAGCACGAUAUUGGUGCAAAUCGCAAAUAUGUUACUAAUAAAUCCUUAGAUACAAUUAUAAUAAAUUGAAAAAAA